UGGGUUUGCAGAGCACUCACAUCGACGCACGUAACCCAGGUGUGCACGGCGGCUCGGGACCCAGGGCCUGAGGACGUGGGAUGCCCUCAGGGCUGCCCAGUCUCGCCGCGGGGCUCCGGCCGCCGGCGCGAGUUCCAGCCCCAGGCCUUCCCCUCCCUUCCGCGUCCGCGGAGGCCGGAGGCGGCCAGGGGCCGGGCUGAGGGGCGUAGCUCGAGGUUUCAUUCGGCGCCAGCUUCUCCUCGCCCCGGUCGCUUGGCCCAGGUUAACUGCGGCUGCUCCGUCCCGGCGGCUCGGGCUGGCCACGCUCGGUGACCCAAGCCCGGCUCAGCCAGAAGGAGGGGCCAGAACUGACGGUGGGCGGGCAGGUCGCCAGUUCCCAGGCCAGGGCCCGCCCUCUGCCCGCCGCCGGGCGGAACCCGGGCCGCCUUGCGGGUCCGUGAGGGUUGGGUGUCAGGCCGGCCCGCUGGGUGGAUCGGGAAGACAGCUUCCUCUUUUUCUCUCAUCCGGUCCCUACUCAGGCAGGCGCUGCGAUUCCGUCGGGUGUCAUGAUCGGUCUAAGGCUGAGGCAGGCGUGGAGACGAGCGGGUCUGCACAGGUCAAGCCAUAUGUUCAGAGAUUGACAGGUGUUUCCAGGGAGAGAGGCAAGAAACUGCACAGCCAGCAGCAGAGCAAACGCCACUUAACCAAGCCCAGUUGAGAGUGCAUGGGAAGCCUGGAUUCUUCUGGAGGGACCCUACAGCCAUACGCAGCCAUGUGUGGCCUAGCUGUACUCCUGUUCAUUUUCCUGACUGGCGGAACUGAGGCUUUUCGCAUCUGUGCCUUCAAUGCCCAGCGGCUGACACUCGCCAAGGUGGCCAGGGAGGAGGUGAUAGAUGCCUUAGUUCGGAUCCUGGCUCGUUGUGACAUCAUGGUGCUGCAGGAGGUGGUGGACUCUUCCAACACUACAAUUUCCCUGCUGCUUAGAGAGCUCAAACGACUUGACAGCGCUAGGCACUAUAGCUUCCUAAAUAGCUCACUGCUGGGACGAAGCACGUACAAGGAGAAGUAUGUGUUCAUCUACCGGUCCGACAAGACACAGGUUCUGAAUUCCUACCAGUAUGACGACUCGGAUGACCUCUUUGCCCGGGAGCCCUUUGUGGCCCAGUUCACUUUGCCUAGCAAAAUCCUUCCCAGUGUGGUGCUGGUCCCGCUGCACACCACUCCUAAGGAUGUAGAGAAGGAGUUGAAUGCCCUCUACGACGUAUUUCUGGAUGUCUCCCAGCGCUGGCAGAGCAAGGAAGUGAUCUUGCUCGGAGAUUUCAAUGCUGACUGUGCUUCGUUGACUAAAAAGCGCCUGAACCAACUGCUGCUGCGGACAGAGGCAGGCUUUCACUGGGUGAUUCCCGAUGGAGAAGACACCACCGUCCGGGCCAGCACCAACUGCACCUAUGACCGCAUUGUACUGCAUGGGCAGGGCUGCCAGAGCCUGCUGCAGGCUGCAGCUGCCUUCGAUUUUCCCAGGAGCUUCCAGCUCACUGAGGAGGAGGCCCUCAGCAUCAGUGAUCACUAUCCUGUGGAGGUGGAACUGAACCGAGAGGCUCACAGUGUCCAGCCCCUCUGCCUGACUAUGCUGCUCUUGCUGGCACUCCUGCCCACUCAUCUGGGCCCGGUGGCCUGAACUGCCCAGGGUCUUCCAUCCAUGGACGUGACACUGACUUUGACUCAAACCUGACCUCCCCUGGGGCUAAACUGCAGCCCACCUGUUUUGUGCUUGGUAGACCACUCCAAGGCUGGGUCUGGGAAGGCAUGGGUGGGUUCAAGCAGCAUUUUGUCACUGGGAUGGUAGAUUGGCUCAAGUGGCAUAGCCUAUCUACAAUAAACACCCCCAUUACUGCUCUCCAAAAAAGGGAGUGACAACAGAUACUAUUACACAGAUAAUUUAUAGCAGAAAAAGCCAGAUUGGAGGGCUAUUACAUAAGAUGUGCCAAUGGACUAUUUUUAUCAUGCAGGAUAUAGGGGUCAAGACCCCAGUAGAUAAAGUGGAUAAGCUUUUCACACCAAAAAAAUGACUAUUCAAACAUAAAUGUGUACAUUAAAUGUAAUCACUUUUACGACUAGAGCUUGCAAAUAGUCUUGGUUUCUGAGAUCAGGCCUCUAUAAAGCUGUCACAUCGUUGCCAAGGCUGGCCCCAAGCUUCUGAUACUGUUUUAAAAUUUACUAUUACUAUUGUACUGGGGGUACACUGUGACAUUUACCAAAGUUCUUAUAUCAUAGUUGAAUUCACUGUCCAUUUGGUACUGUAGAUACUUGUAGGUGACUACAGAUACACACCACCAUUCACAUUGAACCCUUUUGUAGAGACUCAUUCCCUAAGUGAUGUUACAGGAGUCCAGGAUUAGCCUUACCCAACAACCCCUCCUCCAUGACCCCACCUCAGCUUUAGUGCUUCCUCACUUGCUCUCUGGGGGGGUUCAAAACAGUCAACUGGUGUAGUUCAAAACAGUCAACUGGUGUAAAGGUGAUCUUAGCCCCUUAUAGGUUGUCAAUUACAGCCACAUGACCCUCAGUUAUAAGUCUGUUCUGAAAAAGACACCUCCCUACCACAUCUAUCCUUCAAGAAUCAGAUGAAAGCUGAAUACAGGGGCUGGGCCUGUAAAAGAUCAGGAGGAUUAAAGUUCAAAGCUGCCUGGGCCCU